UUAUAUAACCAACCUUCCCUCCAACACUUUCCCCUACCCUUCCUCUUCCUCUGCCUCCUCAAUCCACACCUUACAGAGAGAUAGAGAGAAAGAAGAGAAGCCUAAUCUGAGAAAAAGAGAGAGAUGGGGGAAAUUUCAAUGAAGAUGCUGAAGAUGAAGUCCAAGAAGUUCUGCAAAGGGAUCAGCUUCAAGCUAAUUGGUGGGAGCAAGAGAAACAACAGUAUUGAUGACCAAAAGAGCCCAUCAUCGUCAUCACUAUCAUCUUCUUCCUCCACUUCUUCUUCAUUUUCUUGUUCAUCAUCAUCAAGCUCUUACAUUGGUGAGAUCAAAUGGGAGGUUAGGCCUGGAGGGAUGCUGGUCCAAAAGAGGCAAAAUGGUGAUGACCAUAGCACCAUUGGGGAGCUAAUCACACUCAGAGUCUCGACAGUCUCUCAAUGGCAUGACAUCUCCAUUGAAGCCACUUCUACCUUUGGGGAAUUGAAGAUGGUGUUGGCAAUGGUGACAAACUUGGAGCCAAAGGAGCAGAGGGUGUUGUUCAAAGGGAAAGAGAGGGAGGAUUGUGAGUUCCUCCACAUGGUUGGGGUUAGAGACAAAGACAAAGUGUUGCUUUUGGAAGAUCCAGCCAUCAAGGAGAUGAAGCUCAUGAGGCGCCUCCAUGGCUUGUCUUCUUCUUCUUCUUCACCAUUACCAUCUUGUACUCGUACCAUUAGUGUAUAAUUAAUUAACUGAUCAAGAAAAGUGAAAACACAAACAUGGAUUAAUUACCACUACUAAGUACCUACUAACCAACCACUCCCCAAUGAGAACCCAUAAACAUUUUGAAGAUGGGUUUAUAUCUCCUUUUUCAAUAUUUCUCUCCCUUUCUCUUUUACUAGAUUAAUUCGUAUUAUCAUCGUGUAGUACGAUUGAUCAUCUAUGAGAAAGGAUUAGUCUUUACUCUUGAUGAUGCAUACUUUGAUAAUAAACCAAAAAGUUUGAUCUAAUUAUGUGUACUUAGUUAACUAGUUUAUUUUGUCUAUGUAAUUGGGUUUUGCCAGCUUGACAAAGUUAUUAUUAUGAGUAAAGCUGAUGCUGAUCCAAGUCAUGUAGUUUGGAUCUUUCUCUACACUUUCCAAAAAUAUUAUAUGAGUUAUAUAUGUGAGGGUUUUACUUUACAUUAUACUAAAAUAUGGUUUGAUUCUGGCUGUCUGCCUCAACAUCAUUAUCAUCAUCCUAUAUAUAAAAUUUGUUCGGUUAGUAAGAAAAUUGAUCAAUUGUUUUCAUUUCAAAGGCUAUAGUAAUUCCACGGGUACACAUCGACAUAAUUAACUAUGAUAAUGACUUGAAAAGGAUAAUUGGGUCACAUAAGAGCUGGCUUCUUGGACUAAACUUUUUGGCAAUAAUAAUGAUAUAUACAUAUUUUUGCACAAUCUCUUUUGAGUAUUAUUAGGAGACUAUUGCACCUAGGUAAAUAAGAAACGAGAUGAAUACAGAGGUUAAACGAGCAUCCCACACCCAAAAGGUACCCCGUAUAGGUUUUCCCGAACCCCUCAGUAACUAAGGUAAACAACGUAAAAAAAAAAGCACACAUUUCAAUACCGAUUCCGGAAGAGCGAAGAAAAAGGAGAUGUUUUGUUAAUAGAAAAAAGAGAGUGUUUAUAGCCGUCGGCAGAGAUUAGGGGACUCAUUUUGAGUGCUUUACAUGAACUCAGUUGGGGGCAAUUUGGUUCAACAACCCAACCAUCCCACGAGCCACGCUUAAAUAUGUGUGACAAUUGUACCUAUAAUUACAUAUUUAAUAUUUUUAGCCCGUGCCAAACCAUUGACGACAUAGAAAAAGGUUAUACGAUGGAAAAGGAAAAAUUUAUAGAAAUAAGUCAUGAACAGUGUUUAUAUGUUCUUGUCCCAUCAUGUACCAUGUACUCAUAUAUGUCAUAAAUUUAAUUUUUAUAUAAUUUUCAUUGUUAUCUUCCACAAAAAUCUUGAAGGAGUACCAUUCUGAAAAAUUCAACAUCCAUGGGAAGCCUUUGGACAGAAAUGGGCUUCUUCGCCCCCUCAGCCCGUUGGACAAUGGGAAGCCUUUUGCUGUGGGUAGAGCUUGGGCUUGACAAUCACUGGGCUGCAAUCAAGCCAUCCUAAUUAGGCAACAAUACAUGUGUAAAUAACCUGCUUAGUUUACCUAUCUAUCUAUUUUUCAUAUAAAGAAUGAAUCGUGAGACUUAACAUGAGAUUUUCUUAUUUCAAAAUUAUUUUUCGUUUAUUUUCAUGUAUAAUUUGUACAAAACUUUGAAAACAUCUAACAUUCUUUGUAUCACGAUAUUCAAAUUCGAAAAUGACGUUUCAUCUUUUUAGAAGAGCAAAAACUUCAUCCUACUAAAGUAUAAUAAUAUAAAUCAUUAUCAUAUUUUUUUCACAACAUCCAUCUCACAUAUUUCAGAAAUUGUGUCACUAAAAGGUACGGUCUUUUGCCACUAGCUUGUAUAUUUGCCAUCCUCAUGAUGGAUUGAUGGUCCUUCAAACGAAGAAUUAGUAGUUGGGAACUUGGGAUCACAUUUAUUGGCCCAUUUAGAGCCAUUACGUAUUUGAUAACAACUGCAACAGUGCUUGGUGUAUUUUUAACACUUUGAAAGUCACAUUCCACCCAGAUACAAUAAAUAAAUGUUGAGAAU